GAACCUUAUGGCGUGGCCAGAGAGCAGAGUGAAUAAUGUGGGGGAGGAACCUUGAAUUCUGCGACGGGAGUUUUAAAACUACCCCUCCUCCCUUUGCACUUUUCGCUCAGAAAAUCCUUUCCUCGAUCCUCGAAUGCAAAGCGACUUUACGGAAUUCCCACGGCUGAGGAGUAUCGGACAAGAUCUGUUUACUCCUUGCGUCUGGACCGACCAAGCCCUCGCCUUCUUGCCGUUGCCCGCUUGAAAGCAUGCUUCCUCCUCUUCCCGUUCUGAGCGAAUAUGGAAUAUCACCAGAUUAUGGGUUUCUUCCAGCUCAGCUACCUUUGGAGCGACUCCCCGACCCCUACUACAACAAAUGGGAGGCUAUCAUAGCCAACUUGCAAGGCUUGAUCCUCAGCAAGCGCCUUCGCGGCGUGAUAGAGAGGCUCCCUGUUCUUUCAACCAUCGGUCUGGAACACGACUCGGAAUGGCGAAGAGCGUACUCAAUUUUGAGCUUCAUGGCCCACGGCUACAUCUGGGGUGGUGACAACCCAUCAGAGGUUUGUACAAGUCUUUGCCCGUGUCCUAGUAAUUGCUAACCUCUCAAAGCGUUUGCCGGCCUCUAUCUCAGUCCCCUUCCUCCAAGUUUCCGCCUACCUCGAGGUGCCACCUGUAGCCACCUACGCGGCAGUUUGCCUCUGGAAUUUCAAGCCAUUGUUUGCCGAUGAGCACGUCGACAAUCUCGACAAUCUUGCAACACUCACGACGUUUACUGGAUCGAUUGACGAGUCAUGGUUCUACUUAGUGUCCGUGGCGAUUGAGGCUCGAGCGGCGCCUAUCUUGCCAAUCAUGCUUACCGCAAUAGACGCGGCGAGAAUCGAUGACAGCAUUACAGUGACAGCUUGCCUAAGAAGUUUUGCCGAAAGGUUGGAUGAUCUUGGAACGCUGCUGCAGCGUAUGCAUGAAAGUUGUGACCCCCAUGUCUUCUAUCAUCGCAUUCGACCCUUUCUUGCUGGCAGCAAGAAUAUGAAGGAAGCUGGAUUAUCAAAUGGCGUAUUGUACCAAGAUGCGGAUGGUACCGAAACGUAUCGUCAAUACAGUGGUGGCAGUAAUGCGCAAAGUUCCAUACUUCAGUUUUUUGAUAUUGUACUUGGAAUAAUUCAUCGUCCUACUGGUGAAAAGAAGGACGUAGUUUCUGGACCCCAGGGCAAAGGUCUUGCCUUUCCGCCAGAGCACAACUUCUUGCUCGAUAUGCGCAAUUAUAUGCCUGGGCCUCACCGGAGAUUUCUGGAAGAUGUCACUGCGGUUGCAAAUAUUCGCGAAUACAUUGAAGCUCAUCAGAACAAUGUGGGGCUUACUGCUGCUUAUGAUGCAUGUCUUGCCAUGCUUCAAGAAUUCCGCAAUAAGCAUAUUAACAUAGUCACACGAUAUAUUAUCCUCAAAACUCGCGAGACAAGAUCCCGCUCAAAGAGCCCAGAGGCUACACGCCACAAGGUAAAUCUUGCUACUGCAUCUCGUCAAGACGCGAACGAUACUACAGGUAAGAAACAAGCGAAAGGAACUGGUGGAACAGCUCUCCUGCCCUUCUUGAAGCAAGCACGCGAUGAGACUGGGGAACCCAUCCUGAGUCAAUGGGCGAAGCGUGUAGCUAGUAGGGAGGUCAACACCAGAGGACAGGGUGAUUUCUUUUUGGGCAAACUUGACGAGCCAGUUGAAGAAGUCGAUUGUGGACUUGCUGGAACUUGGACCAUCGACGAUAGUGGUGGCGGAUUAUGCCACUACUGA